GCACCAUUCAAGUGGAGGACGCAGUGUGUGACGGAGGACCUGGACUGUGGGGAUUCUCUGAGGUAUGGCACACUGCGACAUGGCACUGUAGGACGGACAUCUACCUCCCGAGAUGACGUGUGCGCAGAUGCAGGGCAAGGUCUGUCGAUCAGUAUGGAAAGGUUUGGUCUUGGGAACUCUUCUCACCACUUUUGUGAUAUUGCUAUAUUCAUAUGCAGCUCCUCCACUUAGCUUUAGCAGCACAGAAAACCCUACAUCCUUCCAGUGUCACUCAUCUUCACUUCAUGAAUCCACUUUACCUGGAUCCAAUUUCUCUUUAAAUUCUGAAUUGAACUGCCUCCCACGCCAUAACCUUAUGUUUCUUAAAACUCACAAGACAGGCAGUAGCACAAUCCUUAACAUCUUGUUCCGUUAUGGAGAGAAGCAUCGUCUCCGGUUUGCCUUCCCUCGUGGACGCAAUGAUUUUGACUACCCUAGCUAUUUCCAGCGAUGGCAAGUUGAGGGAUACCAUCCUGGCUUAUGUUAUAAUAUAAUUUGCAAUCACCUGCGAUACCACCAUUCAGAGGUAAACCUGCUAAUACCCCCACAUACAGUGUUUGUCACUGUGCUGAGAAAUCCAGCUCUUCUUUUUGAAUCUUCAUUUCAGUACUUUGCACGUAUUGUACCCUUAACUUGGAAGUUAUCAGGUGCUACAAGUGAGCAGAAGAUGGACACCUUCUUGCUCAACCCAAGGAACUACUAUGACUCAAAUGGAUUCAAUGCUCACUACCUGCAUAACUUGCUGACAUUUGACCUUGGCUAUGACAAUGAAAUGGAUAUUGAAGACUCUGCAGUAUCAAAUUUACUUAAGCAACUUGAUAGUCGCUUUCAUUUGGUUAUGCUGUUAGAGUAUUUUGAUGAGUCUUUGCUGCUCUUGCGUGACUUGAUGUGUUGGAACAUGGAUGACAUUCUUUACUUUAAACUUAAUGCCCGAAAAGACUCUACUGGCUCACGUUUAAGCCCAGAGAUAUACCGACUAGCUCAGGAAUGGAAUGCACUAGACACACUUAUCUACCAACAUUUCAAUGCAACAUUCUGGAAAAAGGUAGAGAAGUAUGGAGUGGAGAGGAUGAAAAUGGAUGUCCUAGAAUUAAGGAGGCGAAAUGAAGAACUUAAACAAGAGUGCAUUGCAGGAGGUGGCCCAGUAGAUGCCAGCAAGAUACAGGAAUCUGGCCUUCAGCCGUGGCAACCUUUGGGGAAAAUAUCUAUCCAAGGAUAUAACCUCCGAAAAAACAUUUCACCCAAACACAGACAGCUGUGUAGGAAUAUGCUGACUCCUGAAUUACAGUACAUGAGCCGGCUGGGGGCAGACCUGUGGGUCACACGACUAUGGAGUAAAAUUAGAGCCCUGCUGAACUGGUGACUGGUGGAUAGAGAAGAAAUUAUUAUGUGCUUCAAAUAUGCUGGGACCUACAUGCAGUAUUUGAGUUGACCAAGAGGCAAUAAAAGCAAGCUGAGAUAACAGCAGGAUGCUAUAAAGAGUCAACGCUUUGUGAUGAUGUUACGUUAUAACCGUUCAUGUAUUUGUCUAGAAUCUGUAUUUUAGGCAUGGUAUUUUAACUGCGUAAAAUAGCUUCUGAACAGGGUGUCUUUGUACCAGUGAAAGUGCACUGGUUUCAAUUCAUGGCUCUGACUCAGUCACGUCAGAUGGACAGCUGGGAGGAUUUUAUGAAUAUAGUCUUUAUAAAAAU